UUAGAUUUUUGAGACGCCGCGGAGUGAGGUAGCAAGUCCUCGCUCUCCCUUUAACCUAAAGCACGAAGCUAAUGGACUUACUGAGUCGAUGAAAGCAAUAACCACCUCCAGGUUGUGGAAGUACCACUGUAAUACAAAGGGGACGGUACAGUCGAGGACUUCCAUAGGGAUUCGAAUCGCACCCGGAUAAUCCGCACAAUUAAAUUCACGUAUUUUCAGACGUUGUGAAGAUCAGAGAGCACCUAUCAGGAUUGCCUCGAGGAAGGACACUAUGGAAGACCGCACGGGCUGGUCUUCGCUGUAGGAUGGUAGCCCAGAGCAAUGUGGAAGGCAACGCAGCACGUCACAGAACCAGGGCAGAGUGUCCGCUGGACGACCCCGCACCCCGUCGCCAGCGGCAACCCCAGGACCCGCAGCUCCCCAGGAGCCCAGAGGCCCCGACGCACUUCCGCCCCUUCAAGAGCGAGAAGGACUUUCAGAUCAUCAACGCCACCACCUCCAUGCUGGAGCACAGCGGCUUCUACUGGGGUCCGAUGACCGUGGAGGAGGCCCAUGGCAAGCUCUCGGGGGAGCCGCUGGGAACCUUCCUGAUCCGCGACAGCCGGCAGAAGGACGUGUUCUUCACACUCAGCUACAGAGCGGAGUCCGGGCCCAUCAGCAUCCGCAUCAACUUCCAGGGCUCGCGCUUCAAUCUGUUUGGCAGCAAGCAGUCCUUCGACACUCUGUUCAAACUGCUGGAAUACUACAUCGCUUCUCCCAAAAGGAGCCUCACGAGGCCUUACAGGAGGGUGAAAGUACAGCCCCUACAAGAGCUAUGCCGGAAAAGGAUUAUGGAGACAUGUGGGGGGGAGAACAUCGACAGCAUCCCUGUGAAUCCCGUGCUCAAAGACUUCCUGAACUCCUUCCCCUAUGGCUUAUGAAUGCAAGGCCUAGAGGCAUUAACUCGCUCUCUAUGGGACAUGUGGGAGAUACCGGACAGUUAGUGCUUUGCUGUUCUGUGACAUCACUAAAAGCAAAAAAGCAAGAAUAUGUUUUGUAGCAAUUGAAUGUAUUCUGGAAAUACAACUUGAAGACUUCACAUUGAAAGUUUACACAGCUUGGAAAUGUUUACACUAUGCAAGAGCUAUAUCUUGCCAUUAAAUGUCUGCUGUGCA